AUGGGUUCUGAUCCCGUCAGCUCGUCACCUCCUAGCGGCGCGCUUUCGUUGCCGCCACUGGCGCUGUCUCCGCCGGUUGGCGAGCCGCACCAUUGGAGCGCCACGGCGGCUUCCGCGCUGCAUUCCGUUCCGAGGUACCACUCGCUUGGCAGAGGUAACCAGCAGCACUCGCCUGGGAGCAGUGAUCAUCCGUCGCGCGGGAUCUAUCAGCAAUCCAUUCUAAAUUCCGCUUUCUCCUUCAUCGCGCCGCAUCUUCCUUUCUCCUCGCCGCAGCAUCCCUCGUCUGUCUCUGGUGGCGUGUCCAUCCCCGGCAAGUCCUUCCCCGCGCACGCCGCCGCGGACGUCCCCGCGUCCGCGCCGUCGCCGCAUCGCCCGCUGCCUCUCGACUUAUUGCCGUCCCGGAAGUCGUCGCCGCAACUCGUCGUCGAACUGACCGGGGAUUGGGGUUUUACCGCUGCCGACGGCGCCGCCGUUUCCGCCGCCGCCGCCUGCUCGGACAAUUCGACGAGCCUCUCCGCAAACCCGUCGCGCGCGUCGCUCGCGCCCCAUCACGCCGCAUUCGCCGCUUCCGCGUUUCCGCGCGCGCAGCAGCCAGCACGUCCCUCUACCGCCCUGUCUCCCUGCGCAGCUCCGCGGACCCCGCGGGGUCCGCAGGCAGCGGCGGUGGCUGCUCCGCCUGGCGCUGGUACUCCCUCUGUUGCUCCGCUCGGUGCUGCUUCUCUCGGCGCUGCUCACCCUGCUGCUGGUCCGCCCGCUGUUUCUUCCCCCGGUUCCGCGCCCCCUGGUUCUCCGACUCUCCGCGGGGUUCAACAGCGUCCCAGUGCCUCUCAGGCUCCUCGUCCUCUUCCUACUGCUGCUGUCGCUGCUGCUUCUCCCGCCCCCGCUGGCGUGCGAUCUGUCGGCUCUCCGACCAUUGUGAGGGGCGAGGAUGGUCGUGCGUGGAAGAGAGCGAGGGUGAUGGGGGCGGUCAAGGAGGAGUGGGAGGAGACAACGAUGAGACCCCCCGGUGACGGCACCGAAAUGUCGGAUGAAACCCCGGCAAUGCUGCUGCUGCAGCAGCAGCAGCAGCAGCAGCAGUGGCAUCGGAAUUCCAUGAACCAUGGAAGCAACACCGUUCCCUCCUUGCCUGCAUUGCCUGCUUCUCCUGCAGCGAUCCCCUCAGCCGCCUAUCCUGCUCGUCCUGCCGCCCGGUUUGUCGACGCGCCCGGUGUUUUCUCCGAUGCCGGGUGCGAUCUCUCCACCCGUGACUCAGCUUUUGCUGGUCGAAACUGCGCCGACUGGCCUGCAGAGAGCGCAGGAGUCGCUGAAGAGUGUCACGAAGCACACUCAUCGAUUGCCAAUGCAAAAAAUGUUGGGGACACUGCUGCUGCUGGGGUAUACCCCGUUGGUUCGGUGCUUGUGCCGGAUUCAGAGCUUUUGGCGUGUCUGAACAGCCUCACCUCGUGCCUGUCGUGGCCGGACCUCACUCUCCUGGAUGCUGAAGCUGGUGCUGGUAUGCCAUCGGGCUGGCCUGAUAAAAUUGGUGCUGCUGGUCACUCUACAAGCAUGAUGGGGCGUUUGGGGCUAGAUAUGGGAGAGCUGAUUGAUGGCUGCGAAGUUCCAAGGGAGGAUGGUGAGCAGGACUACGUCACGCGCUACGGAGGACAGGGUGUUGCUGCGCCACGUCACGCGCUACGGCACGCGCAACUGGGGGCUGCUGCAGCGAAGCCGCUCGCUGCCCCUGCGCGACAACAAGGCGUGCUGCAACCGCUUCAUCCUCCUCAAAAACUGUGCGGUCUGUAUUUUUCCAUCACCAGUGCCACAUGUCAUGCCACGUGUCCCAUGCUCACAAUUCAUGCCACGUGUCCCAUGCUCUCAUUUCGUGCCACGUGUCCAAUGCUCCUAUGUCAUGCCACGUCUCCCGAGAGCAGGAGAUUUCUGGAGAAACACAAGUCCCAAGCCACAGCUACAGCUACAGCUACGGCUAUGGCUACAGCUAUGGUUGCGCAACUGCAGGGUGGGGGGAGUGCGACACAGUUACAGCCUGAAGUCGCUGCUGCUACAGCACAGGCUGGAAGGAGUCAGCCAGAGUUACAGCUCGACACGGCUCCUGCUACAGUUACAGCUACAGCUAAAGCUGCAGCUGCACGGUUGCAGGGAGGAGGGAGCGCUGCCGCUACACAGCUACAGCUGGAGACGGCUGCAGCUACAGCUCGGGUCGGAAGGAUUCAGCCAGAGCUACAGCUCGAGACGGCUACUGCUACAGCUGAGGGUGCCAGGAAGGGAGUUGGCGGGGCGUUAGAGCAGCAGCUAGCGAUGCUUUUUGAGUUAGACCAGGGGUGGGACGGAGGGGGAGAGGCACAGGGGUGGGACAAGGGGGGAGAGGCACACCCUCUAGAAUCUCUUGCUGCAGCUCCUUCUGCUUUUGGCCCAGCCUUGUCUGCUCCGGCUGCUGUCGCUGGGCGGUUGAGUGGGGUGGAGACCGGUGUAGAUGCUGUCAGUGAUGCUGCUGCAGCUGCUUCCGUGGAUGCUGGGGGAUGCAGUGAGGUGCUGGACGGUGGUGGUGUGGGGAGGGGGGAUGGAGGGAGAGACGGAGAUGCAUCGAGGAGGGUGGAAGGGGAGAGGAAGCGAAAGGUUCCUCCGUUUGGGCUUGAUGGGGCCAUGCGGUCAUUUUCGGACCUCUAUCCCUUGUUUCAGCAGCAGCAGCAGCAGCAGCAGCAGCAGCAGCAGCAGCAGCAUCCCCAGCAGAAGCAGUUUCAGUUGCAACAGCAGUGGGUAUGA